AAAAAGGCUCCCGCAGCGUCCACGUCCCGAGUGGUGGUCUCUACGAGCUCCGAUACCGACCCGCCAACCGACAACCGGUCUCUUGCUCAACAACACGGGGUGCCUUUCGACGUCCAAUCAAUGGACGAGGUCAUGGCUUAUAAAAGGCUCGCCGGCAAACCGUUAGCGGCUCCACGCACCCUCGAUUGGGAUUACUUCGAGACCUUAGGAAUUAAGGACGAUCUCAGUCGAUACAUUACACUACUCGACCUCGUAGAGUUCGAAGACAUGGAGCAAUACACUUACCGGAACUUGACCCUUGAGUUCUUUAGCACGGUUUCCAUGCACGACAACGGUAAGUACCUCACGGCUCGUCUAAAAGGGCAACAGUACAAGGUCACCGAUGAAGUGCUCCGAGAUAUUUUCAAGUUCAAAGCCUCCAUCGGGACUCGUCAUAGCCCCAUGGGAUGGAAAGCCGACCCCUAUUGGCCGACCAUCUCAAAGUGCGAGAAAUUCAAGAGAGCCGGGGCUUCUUCGGGCUUACUCUCCGAUGUGGCUCACGCCGUGAUCCACAAGUAUAUCUCCCAUAUGAUAUUCGCCAAGAAAGAGUCGAACAAAGUGAGUGAGCAGCAAGUGUUUAUCAUUUGGUCGAUUUCGAGGGACAAGUCGGUUAGUAUGCUGCAGUACCUUAAGGAGUCCCUCUUCGAUGUGCGAAACGACCCGAGGCGUGGACCGACAUUAGGGCAUAUCGUAUCCAAGUUUGCCGAGCACUUUGGGAUAGACGUUGAUGAGCCCAAGAUUCAUUCUCGCACGAUUUCGCACCGGGAGCUCUAUCAGGGGCAUUUCCUUAAGCCCGGCGGCGCUGUUCUUCCCGUCCGCGAGCGAGAGAGCUACAAAGCCUACUCAUGGGUCAAAGAUCGAAGAGUGAUCGUACUCGUAGACAACGGUUCGUCUCAUAACUUCAUCAACACUGAUUUGUCUCAAAAGAUGAAGUUGCCAACCACAAAAAUCGAGCCCUUUGAAGUUCGAGUAGCCAAUGGAGAAAGGCUACAAUGUACUGAGUCAUUCCGGAAGGUACCAAUCAAGUUUAACGGAGUUACUGUGAAGGCUGAUCUCUACGCCUUACCUUUAGUUGGACCGGAUGUCUUUCUGGGAGUGCAGUGGCUCGAGGGGUUAGGCAAGGUGACUACCGACUAUCGAACAGGAAUUAUGGAAUUCAACUCUGGAGGUCGACAAGUCACUCUGA